UCCGCAAUUCCAGCCAAGACAAUAGGAGGCGAUGAUGGCUCCGAGGUGGCCGGGUUUGCUCGGUUUGUGGCUGUUAUUUAUGCUGCUGUGGGGCGACCAGGUGUCCUGCGAAUAUGGCAUGGUCCAUGCCUUCUCAGAGAAGGGGGGUGCCAAAGGCAAGGAUUACUGCAUCCUCUUCAACUCCCUGUGGGCUCCCCUGCCCCACGACUUGGGCAAAGCCUCUCUCUUGCAGCUGCAGAACCAGACAGUGUCUGUCUUGUGCUCACCUUCCGACGUACCAGAAGGGGGGUUCAGCAACACCAUCCCCAUGGUGAUGCGGGGCAACUGCACCUUCUAUGAAAAAGUGAGGCUGGCUCAGAUCAACGGCGCUCGGGGACUGCUGAUCGUCAGCAGAGAGAGGCUGGUUCCCCCUGCUGGUAACCGAAGUCAGUAUGAAGAAAUUGACAUUCCUGUGGCCCUGUUGAGCUAUGCUGAUAUGUUGGAUAUUGGCAAGAGCUUCGGCCGGUCCGUGAAGGUGGCGAUGUAUGCUCCCAGUGAGCCGGUCUUGGAUUACAACAUGGUGAUCAUAUUCAUCAUGGCUGUGGGCACAGUAGCAGUUGGUGGAUACUGGGCCGGAAGCAGAGAUGUGAAAAAACGGUACAUGAAGCACAAGCGAGACGAUGGGGCUGAGAAGCAUGAAGAUGAGACGGUGGACGUCAGUCCGGUCAUGAUCUGUGUGUUCGUGGUCAUGUGCUGCUCAAUGCUCGUCCUGCUAUAUUACUUCUACGACGAUCUAGUUUACGGCAUCAUUGGGAUCUUCUGCUUGGCUGCUUCAGUUGGCCUCUACAGCUGCCUUUCUCCGUUUGUCCGGCGGUUCCCUUGGGGGAAAUGCAGGGUUCCCGAUAACAACCUACCGUACUUUCACAAACGGCCGCAGGUCCGGAUGCUCCUCUUGGCCCUCUUCUGUAUCGCCGUCAGCGUGGUCUGGGUAGUCUUCCGAAAUGAAGACCAGUGGGCCUGGGUCCUUCAAGAUGCCCUGGGGAUCGCCUUCUGCCUUUACAUGCUGAAAACCAUCCGCUUGCCAACUUUCAAGGGCUGUACUUUGCUCCUCUUAGUCCUGUUCGUGUAUGAUGUCUUCUUUGUGUUCAUCACACCGUAUUUCACUGAGACGGGGGAAAGCAUCAUGGUGGAGGUGGCAGCUGGCCCAACGGACUCGGCCACUCACGAAAAGCUCCCCAUGGUGUUGAAGGUCCCGAGGCUCAACUUCUCGCCCCUGGCACUCUGCGACAGGCCGUUCUCUCUCCUUGGAUUUGGGGACAUUCUGGUUCCAGGACUCUUGGUAGCAUACUGCCACCGGUUUGACAUCCAAGUCCAGUCAUCCAGAGUAUAUUUUGUUGCCUGCACCACAGCCUAUGGCAUCGGCCUCUUGGUGACCUUUGUGGCCCUGGCUCUGAUGCAGAAAGGCCAGCCAGCGCUCCUCUACCUCGUGCCAUGCACACUCCUCACCAGCUUCAUCGUGGCCCUGUGUCGCAAGGAGCUGGGCAUGUUCUGGACGGGCAGCGGCUUUGCGAAAGAGCUACCUCAUCCUCCCUUGGUGAUCUCCCCCGUCAGCUGUCCCAAGCCCCCAAAGGAGGCAAGUCCGUUGGUGUCUCCUGGGCCCGAAGCAGACGAGAAAAUGACCAACCCCACCCUCCACACCGAAGAACCGAACAGCGCCCCGUCGUGCAGUGGUGAGCCGCAGGCCUCCUCCCCAGGGACAGAGGAACAGACUGAGUCCAGCGAACAGGCGGGCCAGCCAGUCCCCGCAACACCGUGUAUAGAACAGACUGCUCAGAAGGACGGUGCUUCAGAAAGCAAGAACCUCCCUGCAGAACAAAAUCAGUCUGACUAGGAACACACACACACUUGUCUCUUCCUCUUGUUUUCCCCUCUCCCACCACCACAAAUUAACUCAAAACCAAGGACUGGUUUGGUCCCACUGGCAUUUGGCACAGAAGCUCAUCACCAAUCACUGAUCAUCCAGCGCCAGGAAAUCUCUGUUUCUUUGUUCAGGACAAAGAUAAUCUCUCCCACUAAUUCUGCCUCCCCUCCCCACCCCAAAUAUGGUGCUUAAUGAAGAAGGUUCUGAUACAAUUUCAGUGGUUGCUUUUCAAACACUAGCAGAUGCCUUUGUUUUCCCUUCCCCGUUUCAUAAUGCUGGGGUAGUAUUAUAACAUACUUUUAAAAAAUGUAGACAGUAUUUUGCGCUUGCGUGGCUGUGAUAAUUGCUUUAGCGAUAGGUUAGGGCCGUGCGGGAAGAAAGUGUCGUGCAUCUCUGACCUGUAGACGUUUCCUGUUCUUUAAAAAAUAACUCCCCUUCUGCUGGGGAGGUUUCGUUUCAUACAUCUGUGUGUGUCCCCCACCCCUCUCCCAGUUAAACGGUUUAGGCACAAAUGAACUGGGGGACGAGCUGGCCUCCGGGAAGAAUUUGAUUAAGGCAAAAGGCUCGAUGCCCUGACCUACCUGUUCUUUGAUGCUAGAGAAACCCAAGGGACGAUGGCAGAGCCUGCAAUAUUCUGGGAAGGGUCCCUUGUGACUUGGCAUUUAGUAGAUGGAUCUGUUCUACUUUAGAAGGCCAGCCUCCCCUCCCCACCCCUAGAAUGAGUUAGAAAGCUGAUGGUGGUGAGGUUUGCAGGAACUCCUUCCUUAGUCGAUGCUUUCAGACAAGGCAAUCCAGCACUCAGUGCGAUCCUCUUCUUUUUUUUAUUUAGGCAGUAGGCUUGUUCAGCAGGAGAGAGGUAUGUUUCCUUUGCCAACCCAUUUCUGUGAGUUAGCGUGCCUGAUACCCUCUCUUUGGCCAGGAAGGAAGGCAGGGGGGGGGGGUGAUAGUCGCUGCCCUUGUGAAUGAACUGGAGCUUUUGCAGCCUCUGCACAAUGCAGGGGGGGGGAUCCUGCCGUGGUUGCCUAGGGGACCCUGAAAUCUCGGCGAGCCCUCGAAUUCUCGACCGAGCCUUUCUUGGGGAGCCACUGAGCAACGGGAGGGAAAGGGCUUGUCCUGCUGCAUCUCAUCUGUUCCGCUGCUGAGAGGCAAGUCCCUUUGAAUUUAACCCUCUUUUCCGGUCGCGUGGUAAACUUGGGCUGUCCGCUUUGCAUUGAAGCCUGCGGAAAGGCCGCUUUGAUCGGAGUUCGAUCCAAGUCCCUUGAAAAACCCAACAGCAGCUUGCGGCCUUGGAAUGCGUAUUUUUUACAAGGUGCUUCAGCUAUUUACGACAAAGGGGCUGAUCUUGAAUGUUGAGAGGGGAGGCAGGAGAAAGUCUUCCUGCUCGUUUAAGACCCGUAGAAGAGCAGCAGGAUUAAUGCAGCCCCCUGUAGCUGUUUUGACACUUGAAAGGGCUGGGGCGGGGAGAAUGCCUCAGCCUGCAUGCUGUGGGCCCAGUCAGGAUCAGCCCUUGCAGCAUUUUUAAAUUGCUUUAAAAUGGCGCAGGUAUCCAUGGGUCAGACCCACGGAAACCAUCAUAUCUAGUUUGGCAUCAUAUCUAGUUUGAGAGCCAGUUUGGGGUAGUGGUUAAGAGUGCAGGACUCUGAUCUGGAGAGCCGGGUUUGAUUCCCCACUCCUCCACUUGAAGCCAGCUGGGUGACCUUGGGCGAGUCAUGGUUCUCUGGAGCUCUCUCAGCCCCACCCACCUCACAGGGUAUUUAUUGUAGUGGGGAUAAUAAUGGCGUACUUUGUAAACUGCUCUGAGUGGGCAUUAAGUUGUCCUGAAGGGCAGUAUAUAAAUCGAAUGCUGUUAUUAUUAUGUUACUACUAACGUUGGGGAAGUGAGGAAUCUUCCCUCAAGAUAGAUUAGGGCAGGAAGGGGUGUGUGAAUUUCCCUGGACCUCUCUGGAACAUGUCAUCCUGAGGGUCUGCCACCUCUGUAGGUUUUUGUGCGUCUCUCUCCAUUAUUGUGUUGUGUGUCCACGUACUCUUCUUUUGUUUCGUUUUCCAGACUGUAGCACUGUAAUCUGUGUAUAAAGGUUCACCAGCUUCUGCCAACUUUUUCUGGUGACGUUACCAACGGCCGUCUGCCGGGUUGCCUCAGCUUUGAGCUGACCUAUGGGUGGGGGCGAUUGCCCUGGAGGGCAUUUUCCCUGGCCUCGGCCCUGAGCCAGUUUGGGGUAGUGGUUAAGAGCGUGGGACUCUAAGCUGGAGAGCCGGGUUUGAUUCCCCACUCCUCCACUUGAAGCCAGCUGAGUGACCUUGGGCUAGUCACAGCUCUCUGGAGCUCUCUCAGCCCCACCCACCUCACAGGGUGUUUUGCUGAGGGGAUAAUAAUGACAUAGUUUGUAAACCGCUCUGAGUGGGCGUUAAGUUGUCCUGAAGGGCGGUAUGUAAAUCGAAUGUUAUUAAAAAGUGAACCCGGUUUUCGGCAUGGCCUUGCUCCUGGGCGGAACAUGGUGAACGGUAAACAGAACCAGCUGUCGCUUGAGCAGAAUGACGGACGCUUGUCUUAGACACUACAGGAUUUAUGCCUUAAUUUAAGCCAUUUUAUAAAUAAUGUAUAUGAAAGUUUCAUUUUACAAAAGCAGGUUAAACAAUAAACUUGACAAAAUCCAGGUUAUUCAGACUUUGAGGCCAA